AUGCUCCGUUCGUUAGUGAACGCCUCUAAGGGGCGCAUGGGCCGCAGUGGCAGUCGUCUGCUACACGCGACCAGACAACUCGGAGACAAACCCAAGACUGUUGAAGUCACUAUCAAUGGCGAGAAAAUCACAGUGCCAGCGGCUGCUACUGUUCUCCAAGCCUGCGAGGCUGCAGGAAUCGAAGUACCACGCUUUUGUUAUCACGAACGCUUGCCUAAGUUGUCUUUCAGUGACUGUGAGGUGCUCGGAGGAUAG